AUGGCUGAUAUACUUUCACUUGAACAGUUAGUUCAUCUUUCCUUAGGUGAUCCUGAGGCAGGUGCUGUAAAUUUCAAUGUUUUAAAAACUCUUCUUUUACAAAUGCUUAAAGCAAUGAAUUUAUUUAAUUAUAAACCAACUAUGUCUGAUCAUGAUGAACGUACAAUUAAAGAAGCUUUAUUAGCAUCAUCAUCAACAACAACAAAACCAACAAAACUUCAUAUUAAAUUUGAUCAUGAUGAAUCAAUAAGUCCAGUUGAUGAAAGUGAUGAUUUAAAUAAUGAAGUUAAAAAAAAAUUACGACGAAAAACUCGUGAUCGAAGUUCAGAUCGUCUUAAUGCAUUAGAAGAAAAAGUAACUCGUUUUGAAUCCCAAUUAAAUGCUCUUAAUCAAAUACCAUCAAAUUCUGAAUUAAUUGAUCGAGCUAAACAAAUAUCAAGAAAUAAAAUUGAUGAUACUAAUUCUUUAAAAACAACAAGUCAUCAUGGACCUAUACUUGAAAUUUGGCAAUAUACACAAAUGGAAAAACGUCUUGAAUCAGCUGAAAAUGGCAUAACACGACUUGCUUCAUUACUUCAAGAUCUUAUAUCGGAUAUGAAUGAUUUAAAAGAAUCUCAUGAAACAAUAAAACAAACAACAGAUGAACUUAAAAAACAACAAGAUGAUUUAAAAAAAAUUAUUGAUACAUUAAAUAAUGAAAAAAAUGAUUGGGCUAGAAAAUCUGAUAUUGAAAAUUUAGAUGAAAAAAUUCGUAAUUUACAAAAUUUACUUACAUCAUUACGAGAUCGUCUUGAUGAAUUAUCAAAAACAAAUAAUAAUCUUGUAUCCAUGCCUGAUUUAACAGGUUUUGUUACAUGGGAUCGGUUAGAAGAUGCACUUAAAGGUAUUCGAGAAUCACUAGAAAGGUCUUCAAACGAUGCAGCAGCUGCCUUGGCUUCAGCACGAGACAAUCGACGUCCGAUACAAGUUGUUGAGCGUCAAAGUCAAACAUCAGCUAAGCGAAAGGAUACAUCGGGAGGAGGACGACAAUCACCAUCCAGUGAAAGUAUUAGUGUACCAUCAGAUAAUCUUGCAGAACUUUUAGAACAAUUAGGAACAUUAAAUCAUCGACAUGAACAAUUAAAAGCUUUAGUUGAAGCACUUGAACGUAAAAAACUUAAUCGUGAUGAGUUUGAUACAUUUAAAAAUCAAUUUAACAAUUUAUUUGAUCGUCUUGCUGCACUUGAACGUGAUUUUGAUGAUAUUUCAUCAAAACGAACAGCUCAGACGUCUAGUCCUCUACCUGUUCGAGAAGUAAUCAGAGAAGUUCCUUCACAGCAUCGUGCAGAUUAUUCCGGUGAUAUAUCAGAUUUUCGAACAGCAUUACAACGAUUACGUGAAGAUCUUGAUCGACUUAAACAACUUGUUCAAGAUGUAAUAAAUAAAGGAAAUUUAUCUGCUCAAGAAAUUGAUGCAUUGAAAAAAUUAAUUGAACAAUUAGAUCAAACAAAAGCUGAUAAAACUACUGUUAAUAAUGAACUUGAUAAAAAAGCUGAUAAACGAGAUGUUGAUAGUCGUGUUUUGAAAAAAGAUUUCAAUUCUGCUUGUAAUGAAUUAUCACAAAAUUUAAAUGAUUAUAUGCAAAAAUUUAAUGUUCAUGAUGAUACACAACGACAAGAUUUAGAAAAAAUCAAUCAUGAUAUUGAUGGAAAACUCGAUCGAACAGAACUUGAUGCUUUACGUGAUUAUAUAGAUAAACAAUUGAAAAAAUUAAAGAAAUUGGCGAAAGAGCAGCAGACUCAACCACAUGUACAUGUUAUGUCCGAAGAUGAGGCAGCCGGUUUACGAAAACAACUCAUUCGUUUUCAUUGCAUCAGUUGUGAUCGUCCUAUCGAUGUUCAACCGCACCCACAGCAACCCAGUCUUCCCGCAAAUCAGGGUAUGCGUCCCAUCCAGUCACCCCGACCAUACACAACUUACGAACUGGACCAAAUUCGCCAAUUUCAAAAGAGUCAGCAGUUUAGUAAUGAUUUUAGCGGCGGUGUAGCAGAUGUAUAUGCAACUGUUCGACAGUGUGGUGGUUCACACACAAUGACACUACCAUUUAAACGACAAAUAAAAAUACAACCUACAGUACCGGAAGAUACACUACUUUCGAGAAGUGAAGUUGAUAUAAAAGGACAUGAUGGUGUUAUUUACAAAGGUAGAAUUGAUGUGAGUAAUUUACCAACUGUCGAUAUGCAGAAAAAAAAUUCGGUUGUUUUACUUGCUCCUCCACCGCCGCAAAGAACACGAUCGGAUUCACAUCCGAAGUCUGCUCCUCAUCAGAUUCAUAGUGGAUCAUUUGUUAAUAACGAUCAAGAAGCAAAUGGUAUAUCACCGAUUAUUCCUAAUCUUGAACCAGCUUUACCUCGAGAAGAAAAUUUCACUUGA